AUGAACCAAGUUUGCAAGACGGUGUUAAUAGGUGACUCAGGGUGUGGAAAAACUUCGUUAGUCCAACGUUUAUCGAAAGGGACUUUUAAUGAAACGCAACAAGCGACGGUGGGUGCGACUUUUGUAGAUAUCGAAUUUAAAGAUGUUGCGGGUGGGUCAAACAAACUUCGAAUUUGGGAUACAUGUGGUCAAGAGAUGUUCCGAUCUGUUGUUCCAAUGUAUUUUCGCAACUCGUCAUGUGUGUUGUUAGUAUUUGACAUUAACAACAUGGAGUCGUUUAAAGGGAUGAACUCGUGGUUGUCUGUUGCGUUAUCGAGUGCUCCUGAAGAGACUCCUGUCGUUGUUUUAGGUACAAAGAGUGAUUUAUAUCACGCUGUCCCCGACUCGAUCAUCAAUGAUUUUGUCAAGCCGCGUGGGUAUUAUUACUUCGAAGUCUCCUCAAAAACAAACGAAGGGGUUAAAGAGGCCUUCGAUGAAAUUUUUAAAGUCGCUUUAGCUCGUCAGGUUCGAAUGGUAAAAAAGCAACAAGACAAAAUUGAUGAAGAAAUCGACAAACAAAAGUGUUGUUAA